AUAUUAAAAAAUCUAUGGUUGAAGUUUUGUUUGAUUUUAGUACAGUUGUUCUUGAAUCAUCACAAAAAUACAAAGCGUCAGAUAGGUCAAUGACAUAUAUGAUAAUAAUACUGUUUAGCUUGAGCAGACUGAUUCAUUUUAAUUUGUAAUUUGAAUCAAAAUGCCCGAGCAAAAUUCAAGUGAUCAAUAUUCGACAUGGGUUGGUCUAAUAUAUAUUUUUAACUUAAUUGUUGGAACAGGAGCUUUAACAUUACCUGCUGUUUUUAGUCGAGCAGGAUGGGCUCUUGGAUUAAGUGUUAUUUUAAUAUUAGCAUUUAUAAGUUUCAUCACAGUUACAUUUGUGAUCGAGGUAAUGGCAUCUGCUAAUGCUAUACUAGCAUGGCGACACAUUCAACAUAGAAAACGUGUAUGUUUUUCUCAAGAUUCAUCUUUCAACGAAUCAGAAUCUGAGGUACUUCAAACACUAGGUGAAUCGGGACCUUCAAAUUCAGAUUCUGAAGAUACUCCUCUUGUUACUCCAUUUUCAACUAGUCCUGAUCGUACAGAUAUGACAUAUCGAUAUUAUGUAAUACGUGAUAAAAUAGAAAUGGGACAGAUGGCAUCAAUUUUUUUUAAUAAGUUUGGCAUAACUCUAUUCUAUUUAUGUUUUGCUAUAUAUCUUUAUGGGGAUCUAAGUAUAUAUGGAGCAGCAGUAGCAAAAACUUUAGCUGAUGUUAUUUGUACUUAUCAACCAACAAAUUUUACAUGUAAUGAUACAAUACCAGAUACUGAAAUCUGUUGGAAAGAAUUUGCUUUAAAUCGAUCGGAUGCAUAUAGAAUAUUUCUUAGUAUAUUUAUAUUUUUGUUGGGUCCAUUUGUAUUCUUUAAUAUCCAAAAGACUAAAUAUCUUCAAGUUUUAACUUCAGCUAUGAGAUCACUUGCAUUUACCAUCAUGAUUGUGUAUGCAUUAAAAAAUUUAUUUAUUCAUGGUCCACAAGGAAAUCCUCCAGCAGCAAAUAUUAUGGGUAUACCUAGUUUAUUUGGUGCUUGUAUUUAUUCUUUUAUGUGUCAUCAUUCUUUACCUGCAUUGGUUGCUCCAAUCGCAAAUAAGACCACUUUAACUCGAUUUUUGGCACUGGAUUAUUUAUUAAUAGCAUUUUUUUAUCUUUUACUGGCAUUAACUGGAGCAUUUGCUUUCGAACAUUUGGACGAUCUUUAUACUUUAGAUUUUAGUCCUCAUGGAUCUGGAGAUUGUUCCAAAACAAAAAGUAUUUCAACGAAUGGUUUUUAUUCAACAUAUUCUAAUUGUGCAAUAAUAAAACAAUAUAAACAAUACGAUAUGAAGGUUCAAAUAUUACCCGCACUUCAAGAUAAUUAUAUGUAUUUAAUUAUUGACGAAACAUCACAGGAAGCUGCAAUUGUCGAUCCUGUUGAUCCUGACACUGUUGCUUGUGCAGUUCAACAAAAUAAUGUAACUUUAACAAAAGUUCUAACUACUCAUCACCAUUGGGAUCAUGCUGGUGGAAAUACAAAGUUAUGUAAGAAAUUUAAUAAUCUUCAAGUAUAUGGUGGAGAUGAUAGAAUAGAGGCACUUACGUGUAAAGUAAAACAUAAUGAUAUUUUCAACAUUGGAAAAUUACAAGUUCAAUGCCUCUCAACACCAUGUCAUACAACUGGACAUAUCUGUUUUUAUAUUACAGAUCAAGAUAUUCCAGCAGUUUUUACAGGAGAUACUCUUUUUGUUGCUGGCUGUGGUAGAUUUUUCGAAGGUACUGCAGAACAAAUGUAUAAAGCACUUAUAGAAAUUUUGGGAUCAUUACCUAAUGAAACUAAAGUAUAUUGUGGCCAUGAAUAUACAGCAAAUAAUUUAAAAUUUGCAAAACAUGUAGAGCCAGAAAAUGAAGCAAUUCGUCAAAAAAUAGAAUGGGUUCGUAUACAGCGCGAAAAGAAUAAUCCUUCUGUGCCUAGCACUAUUCAGGAAGAGAAAUUGACAAAUCCAUUUAUGCGAGUUCACGAACAAUCUGUUAUGGAUCAUACUGAACAAAAAGAUCCAAUUCAAACUAUGGCAUUUCUUAGAAGGGAAAAAGAUAAUUUUAAAGCAUAAAUUUAUUAUUGUUACAAAAAAAUUAGUGGUGGUUACAUAAUUUUUUUAAUCAAUAUAAAAUAUUCUUCCUUCUACGUACAAAUUUUCUAUUUGUUUUAUUUAUAAAAUUUUAUUUCAAUUUUCUAUAUAUAAAUAUUGACAUAUGUGCAAAUAUAUGAUUAUAAAUUACGUAUUUACAAAUAAUAUUUAUUUUAAAUACAAA